AUGGUUAAUCUUUAUACCGAGAGGUUUAUUCAGUGGCUGAGACUGCUUAGUGAUCGGGCUAACGAUUUGACCAAUAUAGAGAUUUUAAAGGGGACACUAGAAAAUAUGUUCUUCAUGUCUGAUUGGCAUCUCACCAAAGGCAUUGAGACAUCCAGCUCCUAUGAAAUUACAUUAUUGGAGGCAGUAACUGGUUGGGUAGUUGAAUACCAAGAUAAUCUGAUUGGACUUGGGGUUGAUGAGUCCUUAGCUCAAGUUUGUUCUGAGAGUGGUGCAAUGGAUCCCCUGAUGAAUUCAUAUGUGGAAAGAAUGCAAGCCACGACAAGGAAAUGGUAUUUGAAUAUACUUGAGGCAGAUAAGGUGCAGCCGCCAAAGAAAACUGAUGAUGGAAAGUUAUAUACGCCAGCUGCUGUUGAUUUAUUUAGGAUUCUUGGAGAGCAAGUGCAAAUUGUACGAGAAAACAGCACUGAAGUCAUGUUGUACAGAAUUGCUUUGGCUGUCAUUCAGGCAAGUUCAGCUUCAUGGAUUUUGCCUACAUGUUCUUUUAGAAAAGGGAAGCCACCUUAUUUCUCUAAGUUUCAGAAGAUAGUUACUCCAUGA